GUCUCUGUCUGACAGGGGCUUCGAUCUCACCUUCCGCACAGCAGAUGAUGCUGGCCUGUCCCUGAUAAAAUAUGGGGAGUUCCUGUAUGACAACCUCAUCAUCUUCUCCCCAUCCAUAGAAGAUUUUGGUGGAAACAUCAAUGUAGAGACCAUCACUGCGUUUAUCGAUGGUGGUGGCAGUGUCCUUGUUGCCGCCAGCUCAGACAUCGGUGACCCUCUGCGAGAGCUGGGCAGUGAGUGUGGGAUCGAGUUCGACGAGGAAAGGACAGCAGUCAUUGACCACCACAACUACGACAUAUCUGACCCCGGGCAGCACACGCUCAUUGUUGCGGACACUGAGAAUCUCCUGAAGGCUCCCACCAUCGUGGGGAAGGCAGCACUGAACCCCAUCCUUUUCCGAGGAGUUGGGAUGGUGGCUGAUCCUGACAAUCCGCUGGUGCUGGAUAUCCUGACUGGCUCUUCCACCUCUUACUCCUUCUUCCCAGAUAAGCCCAUCACUCAG